CCAAAUUAUCUACAAGUCACAACAUACCUAAUUAGGAACAAAUUCCUUUUAAGAAAUAUAUAUUUAAGAAUAAAACAGAUGAAUAAAAAGUAUUUACCAAAUUAUUUGAUAAAAAGUACUUUAUGUCCUAGUCAGAAAUGUUAUUUAAUGAGUCAACACAAAAUUUAGAAUACAUCUAUAAUAUUUACUUGAACUUUGUAGCUGAAACAUUAAUUUAUGUAAGAAAUUUUAUACUGUACAUCGGCGUCUGGCUGCUUGGCUACUUGUUAGUGUGUUGUGUUGUGUAUCGUCGUUACGCCAGGAAAUUACCAACUCGGACUCGUGGUGCCCUCGGGGCCAAGAGAGUGUUGUUAGUAGUUGCUCACCCAGACGAUGAGUGCAUGUUUUUUGGUCCCACAAUAUUUAGAUUGUGCGAACAAGGUGCUGAAGUGUAUUUACUUUGUUUAUCCAAUGGUAAUUAUGAAGGAAAGGGCGGGGAAAGAAAGAGAGAAUUAUGGGAAGCUUGUCAUGUUCUUGGAGUACCAGACAGUAAUAUAUGCCUUAUCACAGACACAAGGCUACAAGACAGCCCUAAGGCCCAGUGGGCAGUUCCAGUCAUAGCAAAGCUUAUACAGCAUCAGGUGGAAGCUUUAGACAUUGAUACUCUAGUCACAUUUGAUAGAGGAGGUGUUUCCUCUCAUCCAAAUCACUCUGCAGUAUUUUAUGCAGUUGCAUAUAUGUUUGUUGAAAAAAAUAUGCCACAAAAGUGCACAGUAUACACCUUAGAUUCUGUAAAUAUAUUAAGAAAGUAUUUGGGCUUCUUGGAUUUGCCACUUAGUUUUGUACUGUCUUCCAAAAGAUACUUCCUGAGGUGGACGGAAAGUCGUCGUGUGACACGAGCUAUGAAAAAACACAAAAGCCAAAUGGUGUGGUUUAGAUAUUUAUAUAUAAUGUUUUCAAGGUACAUGAUCAUAAACACGCUUAGGAAAAUUAAUCUUGCCGAUAUUGAACUCGAACUAGAAGUUGACGAUUAAUAUUUUAAUUAUUUUUUUUCGUUGCAUUUUAUUGGUAAAUGCUAGAAAAAUAAUUCCUGUAUGUAAUAAGGUGUUAGAGAUUUAGUCGAUUUUGUGUGUUGAUAAUUCCAAAAGCAUAUUUCAUACUUCAUCAAGAGUUUGUUGUGACAUGAUUUAAUAUUAUACACAGUGGUGCAAACGUUAUAUUUAUAUAUAACGAAAUUAAAACAUAGUAAAACCCGGGAGUCAGGCUCACACGCUUCUCGCACAGGCCCCUUUGUCUUCAGCCGGCAUUACUUUAGGUCAUUAUUUUUGCGAAUGAAGAGUUUGGAACGGCAACGUUUGACCUAUUUUGGCCUUAAGUUAUUAACUCAAUAUGUAACAAUAUCUCGGAUGUUGUAAAUUGAUGAAUUGA